ACGUGGGGGGUUCGUGGGAAGCUAAGGGAGGGAAAAGGUCAGACAUGAUCUUCUUGCUAUGUUUCCCUUGCUUCGCAUCAACUUGUUAUUGAACCUUGCCUCUUUUCCCCUCCCCCUCCCCCCUCCGAGAAAUGAAGGGGACAAAACCAACAGACAGCUAGGCUGGAUAGACGCGUCCAGCAAUUACAACUCCUCCUAUUCAAGUCAUGCGACCGGCAGCCUUUAAUCAAAUAACCCUUGCGUCUCGUUCCGCAACGACAACAGAAGCACCGGCGUCAUCCCUAUUCAACACUACCGGACGACGCCAACCACCGCCAUCACAGCAGCCGCCACCGCCGCCGCCGCUGCAGAUGGGGCUUCAACGACCGUCAGGAGCGGGGACCCAUGUGUCGGUUAUGAUACUCCGGGCCAUCGGAGAUCUCCCCGCAAUCAUCUGGGAGGUCCUGGCCGGCAUCGUAUGGGAAGGGUGGGUCUCCGUCACCAACCAGCUCCGUCUCCUCAUGGCGACCUACCCCCUGAUGGUCAUCCUCUACUUCUCCACCAGCGGCUUUGACUUCACCACCGCCAUCAGCACCUGCUGCGUCGUCUACCUGUACGCGUCCUUCUUGUACUACUUCCGCCUCAAGGAUCGGCUGCCGUGGGCUUGUCUCGCAGCAACCUUCAUUUGGUUCGACGGCCCGGACAGGCAGCUCAUGCGCCGCGCCGCCGUCGCCGUAUUCAUGCUGGCACGGGAUAGCAACUGGCGCGUGGUGGUGGACAAGAGAGUGCGGAGGCAGACGCUGCCCUGGCAGGACGGCAGCGGGUUCGAGUUUCUGUACAACUUCGAAGGGCGCGAACUGCUUCGGGACGUCUGCCUGUAUUGGGUUAAUACGCUCUGCUCUUCAUUUGGCCGGCACCGCGUGCCCGACGAUUUCGCCCUGCGAACCUCGGUCAGGGCUAUGGACGUGCUGGUCUUGCCGAUUCUUGGGUUGAUCGACUGGGCUUGGCGGUACAGGCGGGCUCGGAAUAGCGUAGUAAUGGCCGAGAUGGAGAAGCGCAGGGAUGAGUUGCUUUGACGGAAGGGGGCUGGGAAGAAAGGAAACGGCGUAGAGUAUAUGCAUCUUCAGAGAAGGUCGAGUUCUCUUUCGAGUAAUCGUGUAAUGGCUGUCCGAGUUGAAACAUGGACUGCGGUAUUUCAACAAACAAAUUCCGGGUAUCGAGUUGAAUCGGAAAUACACAGCGCCUCCGUAACCCCCCCGUGACACGUCCAUAAUCAUCUAGCCGUCU